GCUGCAGCCAACACAGUGGCAGAGAGUAGAGGGGGUGAGAGGGUCGCGGAGAGGCGAGAGACUGCAGAGGGUGGCUGCAGAGAGACGACAGCUCCGAAGGACUCGUCGAAGGGAAAAAAUACGUCAGAAGGAGUCGUCGGAGGCAGAUCAGAGUUUGGAAGGGAACAUCGACUCGUCGGAGAGAGACGAGAAGCUUGGAGGAAUCGUUGGAAGCAGCCGUCGUGUCGUCGGAGAGAGAGGAGGUGCUGGAGGAAUCGUCGGAGAGAGAGCAGAGGCUAUCGUAGAGGAGAAGACUCGCUGGAGGCUUCGUCGAGGGAGCAGAACAGAGGAAGCUUCGUGGGAGAGAGGAAUAGUUGUCAUGAUAGAAGGUUCUCGCAUCCGUCUCAAUGGAUGGCAGCGAGCUGCCAUUGCGCUUGGCUCUGCUGUUGGCGCAUUGAUGGACCCACGAAGAGCAGAUUUGGUUGCAGCCUUGGGGGAGACAACAGGGAAACAUGCUUUUGAAAGAGUUCUUGAUAGGAUGAAGAAGAGCCCUGAAGGUAGAACAGUACUCCUGGAGCAGCCAAGAGUCAUUUCAGCCAAAGUGGCACAUGCAUGGGAUCUGUCACCAAACACAUUUGGUGCUGCAUAUGCAAGGUUCAUGGGAUCCAGGAAUUUCUCCCCAGAUGAUCGGCCACCUGUGCGAUUCAUGGACACUGAGGAGCUGGCAUAUGUGGCCAUGCGAGCUCGCGAAGUUCAUGAUUUCUGGCACACCCUUUUUGAUCUUCCCACCAACUUGAUUGGGGAAUCGGCACUCAAGGUGAUUGAAUUGGAGCAAAUGCUCCUUCCCAUGUGCAUGCUCUCUGUUGUAGGAGGCACAGCGAGAUUUAAUCAGAAGCAAAGGUCACUGUUUUUCAAGCAUUACUUUCCAUGGGCUGUUCAAGCUGGCCUUAGUUGCACGGAUCUCAUGUGUGUGUAUUAUGAGCAGCACUUCCAUGAGGAUUUGGAAGAGGUUCGGCAGAGAUGGGGGAUUGUUCCUGCUCCAAAGCCUGAUAUUUACCAGUAAUAGCAGAUCUUGGAAGGUCAAAUGAUUGCAUACAGUAUCCAAGAUCUCUAAAUGAAGAGAAGGGAGUGAAGGUCUUGAGAAUGAUGGACUAUCUUAUUACAGGGAUGGUGGUGUUAGCUCUAAGUCCUCUCAUAUGACAAUCUUCAUUUUCAUACCAUUAUGUUUCUUUGGAUUAGAGCCAUGCUUGAGUGAAAUAUCUAUCUCUUCUAGAGUCGCAACAUGUCUUACGGUUUUGAAGUCUGUUUCUUGUCUUGAGUGUCAAGCAUGUGAGCUAGGAUGGCAUAUUGGGUCUUACUUUUUUCCUAGUGUUGAGAUUGAUUUCUCUUCUCUAUUUUGAUGUUCGGUGUAUUUUUUGUAUUAUUUAUGGGCAAUUUUUUCAUGUAGGACUUGAUUUUAUGAUUUUAUCUGUUAAAAGUUAGUUACUUAAUGUAUUCAUUCAAUUUUAUAAUGAAGUAAAUAAUGGUUUUAUCUAAUAUACUUUGAUGUAGCAUUGUCCUAGCAUUUUUAUAGAUGUUCACAGAAUUUGUUC